AUGGCCAACUACAUGACUCUCCCAGGUAUCGGCACACCCCACAUGGGAAAUGAUAUGUGUCAUUAUGGUGCUUCACUAUGAGUGUGUUUAUCUGUGUGUAAUUCCUAUCAUAGUUACUGUCACCCGCAGGAUCAGCAGCAGUCCCACCUGGACCACUGGUAGUUAGCGCAACAGAGCAGAAGACAGGCUUGUAAUGGCUGUUAUGCUGUGUGUUUUCGUGUGUGCGCACAUCUGUCUAGAGAGGAGCAGCGUUGUGCGUGUCAGUGAUUUGAGUUAGAGAUUUGUUGUACGUGACGGACACUACAGUGAAUGUCUGUCGUUUCAUAAGGCAGCCCGCUAAGGGACAUUGGAACCGUGAACUUUCAUCAGUGAAACCACAGAUGACAAGUUGUUCUCUUCCUUUGAUGCCUCCUCCCUCCUCUCUUGCCCAUUUUCUCUUUUACCCACACACACGUUCUGAACGUGUCUGAAAAAAUAUGAUUUUAGAUACCUGUAAAUUGAAUUACAGCUUAAUGUUCGGUGUGUUUCUGGUGUUUAUUUAUAGAGCUAAAAUGUCCUGUUGCUAGGCAAUGGUGUCAGAGGGAGCGAGGGAAAGAAAGGGAUGGCAGUGCAGAGGGGAAAGGCGUGCUCCAUAUGAAAGCUGAAUGACAAAUAAGAAGAGGCCAUGAGUCAGCACUGACGCACGCUCAGUGGGCAUUGCUGGUAUUUGUAUGUGUGAGCACUCUGCACCUACGCAUGCACCCACUUUACCUUUUCGGAACGUGUGUGUGUUCAAUUUGCUCACUCGCUCUCAUUUUAUCUGCUCCUGCCGGGCUUUACAUGUGCGUUCACACCAGCUGCCCAGCAUCUGCCCAUGUGGCACAGAUGCUAAAGUGGCGCCAUUGAUUUGGGCCCUCUUGUCGACGAUGUGGGAAUCAUACGCUUAUAGUUUAUGAGCUGUGAAGCGUCAGAUAGCUAUCAGAACCAUUCACUGUUUAUUCAAUUCAGACUAGAGACAAUUGAAGUAGUUCAAUGGUUUAGCCUAUCCUAUUACUUUGUAUGAGUCACGUGUCAUAGGCUUUUAACUGGGCCACUCGCAAAAUCUAAUCUUCCUUCCUUCAUACAAAGCUUUUUUAGUGACAAUGGGCGUCACUCUGGUGCAGCAGCAUUUGACCUGGAAUGAAGAUUUAUAGUGACAUGUGGACUUUGCCCAACAGGUGGUUCAAUGGGGCAAUAGGCUACCAGUUGUCGGUAUUGCGGUCUGUGUUUGUGUUCUUAUCUAAGUGUUUACUCUAGUAUUCUAGAUAUAUGUUUUGUAUUAUAAUAUAAAUACCUCUGGUAUGUACGCCGUAGUGUGUUAUGUGUUGCAUUGUGCCCAUAUGUUUCUCCGAGAGCGAUUUCUCGGCCUGGUUGCUAGAGCACAUCUGGUCCUAAUGAGGUGUGUGUGUGGUUAUGUCUCUGCUAGUCUGCCUGGCCUUGUGUUGAAGUGGUGUUGAGUCUUUAAGCACAACCUACAUCUCUAAAACAUAUACUUGCGCUCACUGUUCUCACAUGUUCUGUUUGUCUAAUGCUUGUUAUCUUUUAUUUUGUCUUCAAUACUCGAGGCUGUUUGAUUUACAAUGAACAUUAAGCACCAGCCCUAAUCCCUGUACAGCUUUGAUUUCAAACUCAAACAAAUUUACCCCAAAAAGCCAACCUUCUUUGCUUUUAUACACUGAUCCCAGUACAGCCCUGUAAGACUCCUUUAUCCAAAGUGACUUAGUCAGUAAUCUACUUGUGACCCGCCACAUGGAGAUCAAACACACAAUUCACAAAUGUUUUUUUGGACCCGUUCUUCAACCCUUUGUCAACUCUCCACUACCUGCCUUUCCCUGUUGCCUCUGAUGUUCUCAGCCCCAUGCUCCAUCACUCCCAGCAUUUGAACACUACACCGCCAUCUAACCCCCUUUCUCUUCCUUCCCCUCCCCAGGGUUCGCCUUCCCCGACUGGGCCUACAAGCCCGAGUCGAGCCCCGGCUCGCGACAGAUUCAGCUGUGGUGCUUCAUCCUGGAGCUACUGCGGAAGGAGGAGUACCAUGAAGUCAUCGCCUGGCAGGGCGACUACGGAGAGUUUGUCAUCAAGGACCCUGAAGAGGUGGCCCGACUGUGGGGUGCCCGCAAGUGCAAACCUCAGAUGAACUACGACAAGCUGAGCAGAGCGCUUAGGUAAGAAAGGGGAACAACUAUUGCUCGACUUAGGGAUUCUGGGUAUUUAUGAAGAAAUGAAGUGAACGGGUCUCUCUUGCAAAAGCGAUUUAAUCGAUGUGACAAACCUGUAUAAAUACAGGUUCAAUGACAUUUGCCUUUAGACCAGAAGUGGGGGAGUCUGUAGUCAUAGAGGGCUGCAGUGUGUUUUAAGCUUUUGCUCCAACCCAGCUCUAAUACACCGGACUCAACUAAUAGCUGUUAUUAGAAGACCGUUUUUAGCUGAUUUAAGACGGGCCAGAACAAUGAGAGCUCUGGAGUGGCUCCCUCCUUGUUUGUUUUUCAAAGAGAGGGGGAGGAGAACGGAGGAGAAUGUGGGGGCGCGGUUCAUCACGACUUGUUCAUCUCAUAGUGACGUCAAUGUCCCUCGUUUCAUGUGACAGCUCAUUUAGAUAACUUUUGUCUUUAAAAACACACACUGCAGAGCACGUGGGAAGCUGAGAGCUUGCUGAGAGCUUUUAUUUAGUCCUCAGUCAGUUCUCACUCUCUUUCUUGCUCUCUUUCUCUCACUCAAUCUCACACACCACACGCAUAUCUCUGGUUGUCACACAUACUUAGCAGCCAGCGCUGGCCACACACUGGCUUGUCAGUGUCACCUUCAUGUCGUAGGUUGGUGUGGGUCAGCUAGUGCUCAUCCUACCAAUGACUCGUCACAGCUGCUUUCGCUGUCAGUCCUCCUCCAUCCCAUCUGUGCCUUGUCGGUUUGUUUCUAUGGUGUACUAGUCUCCUCGAACGGUCUGACCUAACCUCUAUGGUACUAUCUUCUGUCAUAAAACUCUUUGAUGAAAGAAGCUUUCAAUUCUGAAGUAAUUGAAAUAUGGCAAUGUUCUUUCCUCAUUAGGGUUUAGGAUUCGAUUAGGGGCUGCUUGGGCUAUGAAGUGUGUGUUAGUGUUUAGAACGUCCUCCUUUACAGCUGUCAUAGAGGCAGUAGAAACGUUAGGCCUUUGUGCUUUGUUUGAAGUGAGUUCAAAUGUUCUUCAAAGCACCGUAGAGCAAGCUUGAGCCCUUGUGUGUCCCUGCAUGUUUCUCCCAGCUCUCUUUGUGUGUGUGUGUGCUUGCGUGUGUCAACUCCAGUAAAGUCAUUCACCAUAUCACGUUGGGUGUAUGUGUUUUGGGGUGUGUGGGUUUGGUGUGUAUGUGCGUGGCCUUUCCCCCACGUGUUCGAGUGCUCUCUUUCUGCGCCUGUGAACAUUACGUUCCAGUCCAAACCUCCUGUCUCCACUUCACAUCAUCUAUAUCAAAGUAAGCACUAAGCAGUCCCCUACUAUUACUGCCAUUUAGCAUGUGUGUAGGUGGGAGCCCACUCUAGUCAUAGUGGUAGUCGCUGCAAUCAGAAGAGGCCCUUCAUUCAUUGAGUCCUCACUGUGCCAGGGUGAGAGGUUCAGCAAAGAAAGAGCUAGAACUAGCUACCUUUGGUUCAGCAGCCACUGCAGCGCACUCAAUGGCUGAGGACUUCCUUCCACUCGUAGUGCAACAGAAGUUCUUAGACUGAAUCACAGUUUCCCUGUGUGUUUAUUUGACCAUUGUUUGUAAAGGGUUGUCUCAUUGAGGUAAAACAUAUCCUGCAAGAGAGUCCUACUAUUCUCCAGUGGGUACUCAUUACAUUUAAUAUUGUCAUGGUUACUGCACAUAAUGAUACCCUUAGAUCAGGGCUCUCCAACCCUGUUCCUGGAGAGCUACCGUCCUGUAGGUUUUCACACCAACCCUAAUCUAGCACACCUGAUUCUAAUAAUUAGCUGGUUGAUAAGGUGAACCAGGUUGGUUAGAACUGUGGUUGGAGGAGGGUAGUUCUCUAGGAACAGGGUUGGAAACCCCUGCCUUAGAUAAAUAGCUAAACAAUUACAUGGUAAUAGAUACUGCUUGUUUAUUUUUUUUGUUUUUUGGGGGGGGGGUUCUGUGUAUCACACUCAGUAGGACCACAUAAUGCUGAAAUGGAUGUCAUUUAAUGUAUUUAAUCCUUAUUUAACCAUUUUAAAUUGAACAAAGAGUGAGUAACCGUGUAAACCUUGCUCCCACAGAUAUUACUACAACAAGAGAAUCCUCCACAAGACCAAAGGGAAGAGGUUCACCUACAAGUUCAACUUCAACAAGCUGGUGCUGGUCAACUACCCCUUCAUCGACAUGGGCUCUGGUCAGUACUCUGUCUAGUCUGGUUAGAAAUACACCGGAGACCAUCACUGGCACAGUUUUAAGCAUACUAAAGAUGGAUAAGUUGUAAGUGUACAUCAUUUGGAAGUCUAACUAUUCUUAAAGCAUUUCCAUAAAGUCCCCAUACGUAAUUACAGAUGUCUGAUUGUUGGGAGAUUUGUUUUAUGUAUCUGUCCAAUUAUACAUUUAUUAAAGACUAGCUACGCUAAUACAGAUCCCUAAUGUGCCUGAGAGCUAACUCAUAGUAGCGCCAUUCUGUAAUGGAGACAGCUACAAUGACUGACAGGUGGACUAAAUGCUAAAAAUACUAAUCAGGUUUGUGUAGUGUAGCGAUGUUUGCAUAUUGCAUAUUUGUUUAUAUGCUUCAUACCAAGUGUUUCCCCUUUUUAAAAAGCCCUCGGGCAGUAAUCACAGCCACACAGUGUAAAUAGGGCACACUUGUUGAAGCCUGAUACCAUGUGACAUAACUGUUGUGUGGAGUUUUUAUUAUACUCCACAUGUGAUGUGGCCUGGGUUUUGACAUGUGUUUUGAUAUAAUGGUCACACACACCCAUGCCUCUCCGACGUUAACUCACUUAGCGGUUUUAGGAAAAUAGAGCAACCCGACCCAUGUUUGUGAUGGCAAAAAGAACGACUUUCCAAUAUUUUAUUUUGGCACGGGCGAGGAUGCCAAGAAGUUGUGUGCCACAAUAUGGUAUCGCGGGGCAGAAAAGUGGAAAGUAACACGUGGACAUUGUGUGCAGUGAUUUUCUCUCUCGCUCUGUCUCAUCUGUGAUUCUGUGUACAGAAACUUUUACUCUCACUCACAUGCUUUUUGUUACUUAGUUUCACUUUCUGUCUCUCAUUCUCCUUCUGUCACCUAUUGCCUCACACUAACUUUUCUCUACUGUUUUCCUUCUCUCUCUCUCUCUCUCUCUCUCUCUCUCUCUCUCUCUCUCUCUCUCUCUCUCUCUCUCUCUCUCUCUCUCUCUCUCUCUCUCUCUCUCUCUCUCUCUCUCAUCACCUCACUGUUUCAUUCCUACCCUCUCUAACUCACUCGUCCUCUCCUCUCUCUCUCCAGGUAGGGGAGUCCCCCAGAGCGCCCCUCCCGUGCCGACCGGGGGCAGCAACUUCCGCUUCCCCCCUUCCACCCCGUCCGAGGUGCUCUCCCCAAGUGAGGACCUGCGCAGCCCGGGUGUGUUCAGCAGCGUGGCCCGCCGCAUGGGCCGUGGCUCUGUCUCCGACUGCAGCGACGGCACCUCCACCAACUCUGAGCUGGAGGAAGGCGUGGGGGGUGAAGAUCGUGGCGGCGUGGGCCCUGAACGGGCCUUCCGCGGCCUCCUACACCCCCGCCUCUCCCAUGACUCACUGUUUCGCGCCUACGGAGGCCCCGGCGGGUUAGGCCGCCCCCCGCCCGGCCACAGGGUCCAUGGUGACCCCAUGUCUCCAUUCCCGGUGUCCCCCCUGCCGGGCCCUGGGGGCCUCCUGGGCCCCACCCUGUCCCCGGCCCUGUCCAUGACCCCUGGCUCCCACCUGCCCUAUACCCCGUCCCCCUCCCUCAGCCCCAUGCUGGGCUCCCACUUCUCCUUCAACCCGGACGACAUGAAGCGCUACCUGCAGGCCCACCACCAGAGCGUCUACAACUACCACCUCAGCCCCAGAGCCUUCUUCCACUACCCCAACAUCGUGGUCCCCCAGCCCCACAGGCCCUCUGCUGCCCCUGACAAGCCCAUGACAGCCCACCCCCCAGCUCACCACCAUGCCCCGCCUAUGCCCCACUCCCAUUCGCUGCACCACCAUCAAGGGGAGGAGCAGCACCCCUCGCCCUUCAAGUUCAAGCUGCAGCCGCCUCCGCUGGGGCGUAAACAGAGGGACGGCUCCGCCUCCUCUACCGGUGGGUCCUCCUCCAGCCUAGGCUCCUCCUACGCUGCCUCAGGGCUGCUCUCUAACUCCUCCUCCUCAGUGGGCCCUCCCAAAAUCAAGGUGAGUCAAUCACUAACCAGAAUCAAGGUUAGCCUGACUAACCACCAGUUUAAUGUAAAAGAGAUGUUCUCAACAAUGACUAAUCUGUUGUCUCUUGUUGUCUAGGUGGAGCCCAUCUCCGACAUCGAAACCGAUGAGGAGGUGGAGGUGACCGACAUCAGCGAGGAGGACGAGCUGCUCGACGACGACGAGGGCGACGUCUUCACCCCCCCUCAUCCCACCAACGGAACCGCCCCUACUGCCAUCACCAACGGCAACCUGGGCGCCAUCGCCGAGGACGACGUGGAAGAGGACGUGUUCAAGACACCCGCCGCCCCUCCCAUGGGCCCUCUAACCCCCUCCCUGCUGGGCCUGAAGAGCGAGCCAGGCCAGGGCCCUCCCAUCAGCCCUGGCGGCACCCUCUGUAUCCCCCUCAAGCUGCGCUUCAAACGCCGCUGGAGUGAGGACCAGAAGAUGGAGGCCAAUGGCGAGCGCGAGGAGGCCGAGGAUAAGAAGGUGCGGCCGGAGAAAGAGGUGGUGGAGGAGCCGGUAAGGAGGGAGUCAGAGAAUGGGGAGGGGCCAAGAAGAAGCCUGUCAAUGAGUCAGGGUGCUCCUCCCCCUCCGGCCCAGCGCAGGGCCAGCUCUGAGCUGCAGAGAGCCACAGCCCAGCUGUCUCUGGAGAACCAUGGAGCCUGCUGAGGCAGGGAUACAUACAUGCAUGCAUACAUGCAUACAUACAUAGAGACACGAUCACAUGCCCGUACCUACAUACACACUCACUCAUAUAACCAAGCAUACACAUAGACACAAGUGCCUGUGCGGAAGGCUUUUUUACUCUCAUUUUGAACUCAUUUAAUACAGAACAUUAACACAUAG